AGCUUUCGGCCGCGAGAGCUUAGUGUUUGUCGUUUGUGUUCGUUCUCUUAUCUCUACUUCUAUUUGCCCUCGAUAAAGUAUCUUUGUGCUUGGCGAGUCGGCGUUGGCUCGAUUGCUCGGCAUUCAUGGAUUCUAGAUUCACUUCUUAUUAGAGAUAUAGUUUGUACUUUUCUCAAAUUUUGGAUUUCCAACAUGAAAUUUCUGGAAUUUACUCCAUUGGACAGUAUAAAUUUCUUCCUGGAUGAUUUGAAUCUGGGAGAAAGUACCAUUAAAGGAAGUCUUGAAGCGUAUUCUUGUAAGCACACAUCAAUGGACCGAAAGCUUUCCUUUAGUUUGGAGCAUGAGAUUCUCGGUUACCUUAGCCAAUCUGCAGACAGUGACCCUUCCUCGCCUUUGGAAUACCUUUCCAGUCGAUCAAGCCGCAGAACAUUGAUUUACCUGGUUCUUACUCUGGGUCAUAUGUAUCCAGACUAUGACUUCAGUGCAGUGCAGGCACAUUUGUUUUUCAGAGAGGAAGAAUGGGACAGCUUCAGGCAGAUUUUUGACACCUACUUGUUUGAGGCUGCUAAGGAAUGGUCCCUACUUAAUGACGGUUCCCUUCUGGAGAGCAUGGCAAAGGCCAUUGAUGAGGUUAUAAAGCUGGAUGAAUGUGAAGUUUACAGCUACAAUCCAGAUUUUGAAGGGGACCCUUCCAUUGAGAAGGGAGCAAUUUGGUCCUUCAAUUUCUUUUUCUACAACAGAAAACUCAAGCGCAUUGUGAGCUUCCGCUGUUGUUGUUUAAGCAACUUGGCUAUUGAUGGUCUACCUGAUGAGGAGAUACUGGAAGAAGGGGAGGAUGACGGCUUGUUCAUCAACAUGGACAUGUAGCCAAGGUGAAUGGCUGCUCUGUGAAUAUUAUGAUGAAAUCUCCUAUUGUACAUAACUAGUAGUGAAUGCCUGACUUCUAGACAAUCUAUUAGCUAUAUUUGUAUAGUAGGGCUUGGAUAAGUUGGAUCAGCUCUGUUAUUUGUAUCCACUUUCCACCAGCUGAUGUAUCUAAGUAAAAGAAUCAUCUUCCGCGUAAUCGUUGUGAUAUAAUAAAAGCUAC